AUGACGGGUGAUCAGGUGAUCAACUCGGGCGGGAUCGAUGGAUCGAAGUCACGGGGGUCGUACCGGUAUGUACAUGUGUAUGUGCACGCAGGCCGGAUCAUCACCUCCCAACUCCGCCAGCCCCACCCCUACUUGAGGCCUACCCAGGCCCUCCUUUGCAUGCGGCUCAAAGUGAGGGCAACCAGGGGCGAGGGCGGCUACACCGGUGGAUCUAUCCUGUGGAUCUUCCCCGCAGGUGCUCCAGAGGACAUCAAGGAAGAUGUGGAGAUGGCAGAUGUCUGGGACGUUGCCAGCACCGGCAUCUUUGAGAUGUCCGAAGUCAACCAGCUUGAGGCAAACAAGGGAUAG